AUGACCAUCCCAUACCCGUUCAAGUUCACCACCACCGACCAACCCACCUCAUCCUUUAGCGGAGAGACCACCUCCCUGACCGUCAAACUCGAGAACGUGCGGGGAAGGAUCCCAAGCGCACAAGCCUCUCGUCUUCGGACGAUUAUGCUCGAAGCUCACAGCGAUCCCAACAAGAUCAUCGCCCAUGCAUGCAGCUACGACGGGCUCUCCUCGCGCUUAGUCGAGGAGGCAGGCUUCCCAAUUAUCUUCCUAGCUGGCUAUGCCGUGGCAAGUGGCUUCGGACUACCUGAUACCGGAUAUAUCGCAAUGGAGGACAUGUGCAGGAAGAUCCAAGAAGUUGUGCGCAUAACCAGCAUCCCUGUCAUGGCGGAUGGGGAUACUGGCUAUGGAAGCCCGAUGAAUGUCAAGCGGACGGUUGAGUGCUUUGCUGCGGCCGGCGCGGCGGGCGUCAUGAUUGAAGAUCAGACGUGGCCGAAGCGAUGCGGUCAUACAAAGGGCAAAUCUGUCGUCUCGCGCGGUGAAGCAUACGCCCGUAUUCAAGCCGCUUGUGAUGCGCGCAAUGAGGGCCAGGAUAUCUUCAUACUUGCCCGGACCGACGCUCUGAUCCACGGCUGGGACGAAGCGAUGACUCGUGCGAAGGAGUUCACGCGGAUCGGUGUCGAUGCAGUCUUUGUGGAGGCGUUGCCGGACCGGGAAGCCAUGAAGCGGUGCGCUGACGAAAUUGGUAUCCCAGUGUUUGCAAACAUUAUCGAAGGGGGAAAGACGGAGAAUCUCUCUGCGCUGGAAUUGGCGCAGUUGGGUUUCUGUGCGGUUGCGUAUCCGUGGACGCUUGUAGCUGCCAAGCUCAAGAGUAUCCGAGAGACUCUGGAUGAUUUGAAGAAGAGCAUGACCAUUGGUGCGCCACCAAUGAUACUAGGAUACUCUGAGGUUUGCGAGGGUGUAGGUUUCAAUCAUUAUUGGGAUCGUGAAAAGAGAUAUGAAUAUAGUGAGAACGGGCUUGUCAACGAUCAUCAGGAUACUGUAGAGAGAUAG